GCCAACGCCUUUUGUUUGGAACCACUAUGGCGCGAACGACCGCGGCGCGUCGCCCUCCCCCCGACGAUGAGCCCUCCCAGCCGCUGUACGACGACGACUCGGACUCGGGCUCCGAGCACCAGGCGACGCCCAAGGCGCGCAAGUCGCGCGGGAAGCGGCGGAUGUCCGAGUACAAUCCCUCCGAGGGCGACUCAAGCCUGAAUGACAGUCGCGCCGCGCUGAAGGAGUCCAGCAUGCAGGAUGACGCGGCAGAGAGGCGGCGGCGGCGGAAGAGCACGAAGAUUACGGUGCUUCCAGAGGACCUGGCCGAUGGGCAGCAGCAGGCGGAGUCGUCGCGCCAGUCGAAGACGUCGCGUCCGCUCACCAGCAUCCCCGCGCCCGCGGCGAAGAUCAACGUGCCACUCGAUGUCAUGAGCGAGAACUUCGAGGAGUGGAUGAAGCUGGCGACGGAUAACAAAAUCAACGCUGGCAACUCGUGGAACUUCCAGCUUAUCGACUACUUUCACGAUGGACAGCUGUUGCGCAACAAGGACGAUAACUCCAUCAACUUCCAACGCGCUUCCUGCACGCUCGAUGGCUGCGUCAAGAUCUGGACGAGCCGCGUCGAUAGCGUCGGCAACGAGACCAGUAAACUUGCGACCCAUCUGGCGGCGGGUGGGGAUGAGGACGUGGAGGAGGGGGCCGAGUCGGACAACCCCGACGCGGAUCCCAGUCAGCCUAGGAAGAGGAAGUCAAGAAAGGCGGAGAACACCAUCGGCAAUGCCGCUAAGCUUCGCGCUGACAAGCUGGAGCUGGAGUUCAGCGUCGACCCCCUGUUCAAGAAGACAUGCGCAGACUUCGACGAGGGUGGCGCGCAGGGGCUGCUCAUGAACCAUCUCAGCCUAGGCGUGGGCAAAGACAGUGCGCUCCGCAUCAUCUUCGAUGCCAGUGACUCUGUAUGCCGCGUCGUCGAGGAAGAAGAGCACGAGGGCGAUGAGCCAGAAGACCUUAUUGACUUGACCGAGAUCAAGACCAAAUUCCUACCCAACCUAUCCAUACUCGAGAACAAGGCAAUCUCGCACGCCCUCACCGACUUCUCCUUCACGAAAUCCGACCACGCCGUCCUCAACCAGCCCUUGAGCACGUACAUGGACGACGAUGACGAUGACGACGCGGGUGGCUUCAACGACACCGGCAUGGACGUCGACAACAAUGGCGAACCUCAAGUUGAAGAAGACUUCUUCGCCAACGACGAUGGUGCUGGUGAUAACUAUGAGGACGGCCCUAUAGGCGGUGGCGACUACGACAACGAACAAAGCAACUACGGCGGUGAAGGCGAUUAUAGCCGCGGUACUCCCGCAAUGGGGAUGGGCCCAGGUGGAGAGGAGCCGUUCGACCCUACGCGCACGGAUGGCGAGCUGUUCAUGGCGAUGACGACCGAUGGCGAGAAGAACAUGUUCGAGGAGUUCGACAAGCGGGGCAAUGCUAACUGGAUGGGACCGGGUGCCCCGGUCAACGGUAUGAGCAGGUUAGCUCGCUUGCGUAUGCGCGAUACCGACCCCAACGCCGACGCGAAGCCCAAGAAGCCGCGCGAGAAGAAGGAGCCCUUCAAGGUGUCCUUCGGCGACCGCCCGGAGAGCAUGAAGGAAGUCAACGCGAGGCUGUUCGCCACGUCGAAGACGAGCAUCAACCUCUCAAAGAAUCAGAGACUGGGCAAGAACGGCAAGCGCGACGAGCAUCUGCUGCCGGACGACAUGCACUUUUCGAGUCGGCAACUCAUCACGCUGUUCUUGAAGAGCAGGUUUGCGAUCAAGAUUCGCGGGCGCAAGCCGGUGAUCAACGAGCGUGGCGAUGGCGAAGUUGCCGACGACUACUGGCAACAGCAGGCUGCUGGCGACGGAGGCGCUGACGAUGACUACGACGGUGGUGAUCCGCCUCCCUUCUCCACACAAUUCAUGGAGGACGACAUUGACGAGGGCGAGCAGGACCUGGCGGCCAGCACGCUGGGUACAGCCCGCCGCUUGCGGCCCCAGACUAUCAACUAUGCCCGCCGGGCCAAGCGGGUCGAUGUGCGCAAGCUCAAGGACAACAUCUGGCAAGGCCUCGAGGUCCUCGCGACGCCGCCGAAGGACCCGGAGUCGAUGGACGUCGACGACGUCGACGCCCCCCUUGGCGAGGGCCGCGAGUUCGGCAGCGUCAUCCAGGGCCUUCAGUCCAAGUACCAGCCAGAAAAGCUCGACGACAUCAGCACGAGCUUUUGCUUCAUCUGCUUGCUGCACCUGGCGAACGAGCAGGGGCUUAAACUCGAGCCGCCGCCGGCACCCGAGGUGGAGGAGCAGGCGGCGCAGGCGCCGAAGAAGGUGGGGAAUUUGUGGGAUAUCAAGGUCUACCGCGAUCCGACGGCGACGAAGGCUUCGUGAGGUGUGGCCUGACCGUAGAGGUCUAUCCUGUUUCUGUUUCCAUAGUAUCCUUAUACGCUACAUACUUUACUGCUAAGAUUUGUUUUGUACUUUUCUUGCU